AUGAAUAUAAAAGAGGAAGAGGAAGGCCUAAGAGAAAUGUAAUUAUUUUUCUAUAUAACCAUACAGGGAUAAAAUGAGACAGGAAGUGGAUAAAUGAUUGGUAGAAUCGAUCCAACAGGAGAUGUUUUUAUGAGAACAGAGGAAAAAGCAGGAGGACCGUCAGAUCCUAUUUAUGGAUUUGAAGAGAGUGUAAAUACCUUAUUUGGAAUGAAAAAUAAAUAUGUGGACUAUACUCAGCUACACCCAUUGGAAUUGAAGAUGGCAAUAUUAAGAGGACAUUUAGAGAAGUUUCAAAAGAAAUUUAGAAUACCCCUGAUAUUCAAAAGAUGCAUUUGUGCUCCAGAUUACUACUAAGUCUUGAUGAAAUUCGUUUUGAUGUUCCGAGACUGUCUUAAUAUUUAUGGGUGGUAAAAAAAAGCAGAGAAUGAAGAAAAGGAUCACAUUGGCUUUCCUGACUUUGAAAAGAAAGUGGCUGAAAGAAUGCUAACUUACGAUGCUCAAAGAUCAUAAAAUGAGUUCACUGCAAUAAAUAAUGCCGAGUUCGCUCCUGAAAUAGCUAAUGAAUUUGUUACAAUUUAUUUGGAUGAUGAAUCUAAUAAUUAGGGUAGACUUGAUAGAACUGAAAUCAUUGAUUUAACUCAGCAUCUCUGUCACUGGCUAUUUACCCAGAAAUUAACUUGCUCCAAACUUUCAAUGCAAAAAAUGCAGGAAAUGAAAAGAUAACAAUAAAUGCAGUACCUAAACAAAAAGAAAAAGCUUUAUGGUGAUGGACAAAGAUAAGGUGGUCCAGAGGACGACAGAUUUAGCUUAGAUAAAAUGAAUCUAGAUGGAAAAGAUAGUGGAGCUGAGACUUAUAAUAUGUUUUUCAAGCCAGAUUAAAAACUAGAUUUGGAAUUGCAAGCAUAAAAAAAUAUAAUGUCAAAAGACAACACUUAUGGUAAUAAAUUCUGGACUCCUGAAUAUCAGCAGCAGAUGGAAUAAAUAAUGCAAUAGCAAUAAAUGCAGCAAGAUAAUGAAUUAGAUGGUAUUGAAGAGGUCUAAGACAAUAUAAGAUAUUACAAUCCUAAUGCAAUGGGAUUCACCCAAGCAUAAUAGUAGGACACGUUAUCUCAAUAGCAUACUGUUAGAUCAUAGAUGACAGUCCAAAAUUAAGCAGUCAAUAAUACCUAUGAUUAGGGGAUAAAAUAUAACAAAAAUAAUGUGAUGUAAGAAGAUUUGGAGACUAAGAAAUUUUUACCCUCUGAAAGAUCAAUAGAUACUUAGAAUGCUAUGAAAUAAGUCGAGGCAAUAGAUGGAAGAAGCAGAUCUAAAAAGAAAAGAGGUGAAACUGAAGUUCUAGAUGGCGGAGAAGAUGACUUGAUAUCUGAAUAGUCUGUCUAGGGCACUUAAAAUAUGCCAUUGUUGUAAUUUGAAGCAAAUUUAGUUGAAGAUUAGUCUUCAAAUGCAGCUAAAAAGAAAAAGAAGAAAAAGAAGAAGGUUAACAAAAAAGAUGAAGAAAAUGAAAAUGAGAACACUCAGCUUAUUGAUAACAAUGAGGAUGAGCAGUAAGAAGCUUUACUAAGAAAACAAAUGGAGGAAUAAGAAGCUAGAAAAUAGCAGGAAGCCAAAAAAAUGUAAUUAGAAAAAGAAAGAAAGGAAUUGGAGGAGCAAUAAAGGCAGCUAGAGGAAAUGAAAAGAUAAUAGAAAUAAAUGUAAGAAGAGUAAGAGAAAUUAGAAAAUCUGAGGAGAUAAUAAUAGUAAUAGGAGGAAGAUUAAAGGGAAAGAGAGAAAAAAGAGAAGUUAAGGAAGUAGGUAGAGGAGAUGAAGAGGUAGUAAUAGCAAAAAGAAGAGGAAGCAAAGUAAUUUAAAGAACAAUAAGAAAAAGAAAAGUAAGAGAUGCUAUUAAAAAAGCAAUAAGAGGAGUAAAAAUCCUAAUAGUUAAAAAAUUAACAAUAGUAACAACAGUAAUAUCAAUAAACGAAUCUUUCAAAUGCCCCACCCUACUAUUAGCCAGGUAUUAUUCCUCAAUAAGAGAUAAAAGCUGAUUAGAGAGAAGGCUACAAUACAUUUAUUGCUAAAAUCACUAAUCCAUACACCUAGUUAGAAGAACUUAGAAAUUUAUUUAUGAAUCCAGUACCUCCUAAUAUUGGCCAAAUAUAAUGCACUAUUGUUAGACAUAAGUCUGGGUUUAAUAGACUAUGGCCUAAAUAUACUUUACAUUUAUCUGAUGGUGAUAAAUUUCUGCUAAAUGGAAAAAAGAGGUCGGGAAGUACUACAUCUUAUUAUAUGAUAUCUUUGGAUGAGCAAAAGCUCAAAAAGGGAACCAAGGCGUAUCUAGGAAAGCUUAGAUCAAACUUCUUAGGCACAGAGUUUUAUAUUUAUGAUAGCGGAGAAAACCCAAAGAAUGCUAAAAAUUUCGAUGAAGUCAGAGCCUAGUAUGGUGUAGUCGAGUAUGAGAAAAAUGUUCUUGGUUCCAAAGGACCCAGAAGAAUGAAGGUAUUAUUGCCUAAAGUCCAAAGAGAUGCAUCAGCUUUCGAGUGGAAAAGCUAAGAUGUUCAAGCAUUCGUGUUAAAUUUUAAUGGAAGAGUCGACAAAGCAUCCGUGAAAAAUUUCCAACUAAUUGAUGACUUCGAUGAUAACAAGAUCUACAUGCAAUUUGGAAGAAUAGGCAAACAUAAGUUCAACAUGGAUGUGGCUUUUCCAUUUUCAAUCUUUUAGGCCUUCGGUAUAGCUCUUAGUUCUUUUGAUUUCAAAUUUGCUUGCGAGUGA